AUGCGUCAUUCGAUACUAGUUGCCAUGCUGGCAUCACUUGCCUCUUCCAAUGCCGUAUUUCAAGGCUUCAAUUAUGGUGCAACCAAGAGCGAUGGAUAUACUGUUCGUGCCCAAUCCGACUUUCAGACACUCUUCCACAGAGCCAGAAACCUUCCUGGCACAUCAGGCUUCACUAGUGCUCGUCUUUAUACAACUGUGCAAGGUGGUACUACCAAUGAACCUACGUCUGCUAUUCCGGCUGCAAUUUCUGAAAACACUUCCCUCCUUUUGGGGCUCUGGGCCUCUGCCGGCCCCGAGACAAUGAACAAUGAGAUAACUGCUCUGAAGUCUGCUAUUGCUCAAUACGGUACCUCCUUUACCAAGUUGGUGGCAGGUAUUUCUGUAGGCAGUGAAGAUCUGUAUCGUAUAUCCCCUCAAGGUGUUGAAUCAAAAUCAAACGUUGGUGCCGAGCCCUCAGCAAUUGCCAAUUACAUGAGCCAGGUUCGAUCAGCUCUUGCGGGAACAGCCCUCAGUGGAACACCAAUAGGACAUGUCGACACAUGGACAGCUUGGGUUAAUGGCUCUAAUCAAGAAGUUGUUGACGCAAGUGAUUGGAUUGGCGUGGAUGCGUACCCAUAUUUUGAAAGCACCCAAGCUAAUGGCGUUGAGAAUGGAGCUACUCUGUUUAACAAAGCAAUGGACGCUACCAGAAAUGCUGCUAAAGGCAAGCCACUUUGGAUUACUGAGACAGGUUGGCCCGUUGGUGGUCCGAAAUCGGGCGCUGCCGAAACGGGAUCCACAAAUGCCAAGAGCUAUUGGGAUCAAGUUGGAUGUCCAAACUUUGGCACUGUAAACACUUGGUGGUAUACCCUUGAUGACACUGAUGGUAGCACAUCACCUGGCGAACAAUUUGGUGUCGUCAAAGGUGAUACGCCCAACUUUGACUUAUCGUGUUCAAAACAAACUUCUGAUCUUGAUUCUGGCGCUACUAGCGCCUCUUCGCCAAAUUCUACUGGCUCUGAUUUGACAAACGGGACAGUAAUCUCACCUUCUACCGGAAACAGUACUCGAAGCUCUCCCAGCUCAGGAUUAACACCAGACAAAGGUUCUGGAGGAAGGCCGACUGGGAUUUCUGGACUAAAACCAACUGGAACCUCCGGAGCACAACCAACCGGAGGGGCUGGAUUCAAGCCCAAUAACUCAGUUAUUGACAUUGGCACGCCAUCUGCUACAAAGACUGGAAAUUUGGGAACAGAGACCCAAAAUGCCGCUGCUUUAGUUUCUGGGUCAAUGAUCGGUGUGGUUGGUGCACUAGUGUUUGGGUUGGUUAUAUAA